AUCUUCAUCAAGCUCCAAUCUUUUUCGCUUUUGUCUUUCUCUGUCCUUUGAAUGAACGUAUGAAUUAAUAAAUAUUCUUCAUGUAAUCUCCUUCUUCUCGCAUCAAAAGUCCAGGUGGUGUCAGCUUCUUGUGAUGAACAAGUGUGAGAAUGAUCCGUUUGGCCUAACUUAUUAGUGUCCUCUCACAAACCUGACAUUGGGAACUGGAAAAACCACUACCAGCUCAGUGUAAAGGCCCUGGUACUGAAUACUGAUGGGGUCCGAGCAAAAUCGAUUUCCUCAGCAGGAAGGGCGAAAGAGAUGGGGAGGAUGCUGGAGUGCAUUUUCUUGUUUUGGUUCGCAGAAAGGGGGGAAGCGUAUUGUACCCGCAUCUCGCAUACCCGAGAGCAAUGGACAGCCUGCCCAGCCAAAUGGGCCUCCGGCAGUCAGGUUGACAAAUCAAGCCACAGGACUAGCUCCUUCUCUUCUUGCCCCACCUUCUUCACCUACAUCCUUCACACAUUCGGCUCUUCCUUCAACUGCACAAUCACCUAGCUGUUUCUUGUCAUUAUCUGCCAACUCACCUGGAGGUCCUUCAUCUACAAUGUUUGCCACUGGACCAUAUGCUCAUGAAACACAACUGGUUUCUCCUCCUGUCUUUUCAACUUUCACUACUGAGCCAUCCACUGCUCCCCUCACUCCUCCACCUGAGUUGGCUCACUUAACAACUCCCUCUUCCCCAGAUGUACCGUUUGCUCAUUUUCUUUCUUCUUCAGUGGAACUCAGGAACGGUGACAAGACUAACUACAUCGCUACAAAUGAUCUUCAAGCUACAUAUUCACUGUAUCCUGGAAGUCCUGCAAGUAGCCUUUUAUCUCCAAAAUCAAGGAACUCUGGUGAUGGUUUAUCAUCUUCUUUUCCCGAACGGGAGUUCCCUCCACAGUGGGAUCCAUCACUAUCUCCCAAAAGUGGAACAUAUCAAAGUCCUGGGUCUCGAAGGCUUUCUGGGCAAGAUACUAAUGGUGUUACAAUGGCAUCUCAAGACUCAAAUUUCUUCUGCCCUGCUACCUAUGCACAAUUUUAUUUGGAUCAAAAUCCUCCAUUUCCUCAUAAUGGUGGGAGGCUUAGUGUCUCCAAAGAUUCGGAUUUUCAAUCUACCGGUGGAAAUGGACAUCAGAAUAUCCAUUCUAGAAGUCCAAAGCAAGACGUGGAAGAAAUAGAAGCUUACCGAGCAUCCUUUGGUUUCAGUGCAGAUGAAAUUAUCACCACCCCUCAAUACGUGGAGAUUUCUGAUGUAAUGGAUGACUCUUUUACUAUGACUCCCUUCACCUCUUCUAAGUCAGCUAUGGAAGAAAGCACAGAGUCUCCGCUGAUGAAAGGAUUCAAAGCUCAGGAGACACCAGUGGCUUCGCAGAGUCGUCUCAGAUUAGAAUCAGGCUAUGCUGCAAUGGAUGGACGCAGUCAGCACCCACUAUACCAAGGAUAUGAAGAUAUUAAAUCCCAAAGGCAUAGCGGCAACAGCUGUUCUGGAGCUAGUACACCAGGAAACGCCACUGAUGUAUUCUUUAAAAUGGGGUCAUCCCGAGUCAGUAAAAAACAUGAAAUGGGGCUGUCUUGCUCUGAUGCAGAGAUUGACUACAGACGGGGCAGAAGCUUACGAGAAAGAAAGGGAAAUGGGAUAUGGCAUGACUAGGAUUUAGUGAAUCGGUGAAGAAACAGAUCGAUGGUUGUUUGUAUUAAUUUAAAGCUUCUUCUUUUUUUUCUUUUUGUUCUUUUUAAAAAAAUAGAGUAAAUGAAACUCUUCUCUUGGGGUUCUCUAAUAGAUGGACUGUUCUAACCUGGAUCUAACUAAUGCUGUGGUCAGGUGUUUGCCAAGAACAUGCUGAUCAAUGAAUGUAGUAUCGUAUCCAGCGAAGUUGCAAUUGACAAGUCCAGUUUCAUGUUUUGCGUGAAUGCAGUUUGAAUUUACUCAAA